CAGGUGGGCGACAGGGUCCGGGUGCUCUUUGGCCAGGAGAAGGGUAAGCUGGGCAUCGUCGGCCGUGUCAUCUCCGAGAAAAACCAGGUCGUGGUGACGGGCGUCAACCUGGCGCGCAGCUUCUGGCACCCGGAGCCAGGGCCUGGCAAGCCCUCGAUAGUCUCGGUGGAGUGCCCCAUCCACGCCGCCUGCCCAGCGAACGAUCCCCCGCGCGGCAGUCCCGCCACGCCCGCCGGUUCCCUCACGCCCGCGGCUGUCCCGCCGGCCCCCCUCGGGAGGCACGGACGGGCCGGGCGCCGUGGGAACAGUUCCAAGGCGACGCGCAUCAAGCGGAGGUACAUGAUGGACGGCACCUGCGUCCGCAUUUCGAAGGUCUCGGGCAGUGCCAUGCCGGCCCCCGUGCCUGUGGGCGUCAACGAGCGCGAGCAGCUCUACGCUCUGCACGAGGCCAAGUGGCUCCGGGAGGACAAGUCCAGGCGCGGACCGCCCAAGGAGGACUUCUUCGGCAACAAGUCGCCCCCUGCCCUCCCCUUUAGAGACUGUUCUUUUGAAGGUGCCGAUCCUGAAAAAACGGCAUCUUGAAACGCGCAUACCGAUCAUACGCUGUCGGAGGCGCGCACGUAUUUCUUGCGUCGCCGCUGGGCCCUCCGUGGCGGAGCCUCUGGCGCCGCCCCCGACGCCGCCCCAUGCCGCCGCCCGCCUCCGGCGCCGCCCGCGGCGCUCUGCGCGCCAGCAGCGGGGCGUCCAGCGCCGACCUGCGAGAUGCGCGCGGGCCUCCGAGAGCUGCCGUUGGCGCCGUGUUCCGUUCUUUGACCCCCGCCGCUCUGGUGGGGACGCUCGAGACGCUCCCCCGAUGUUCGGGCCGGCGCCUUUGACGCGCCGGGAGGCGCUGGCAUUGAGGCGCUAAUCAUUUUGGGCUUACCACCUUGUUGGCGCCCGCCAGUCUGAGAGCCAGAGAGCCAUGUGUCCAGGCAUGUGCACAGGCUCCGCCAGUCUAGUCUGAGAGCCAUCCUGCCACGGUACGGACACGCCUCCGAAUAUUGUCAG